AUGGCAGAGCUGAAAGAGCCGGCGCAUUCCAACCUGUGGUCGAACUAUGGAAGUCCCGUCCAAAUGUCGUCUAGAUUCAACAACAGCCUGGAUUCCGGCCUCGGAGGCCACUCUGCCAACUCGCCACAUGCAGGGCGCCCAAGAAGCACCCACCCGAGUGUAGACCACGGCUCGUACCCCUAUGGUCGUUAUCCUCAGGACGAGUCGGAUGCCUACGAAAGACACUCGCAUCCCAGCCUGUCGUCCCACCACAGCUUCCCCAACCUCAAAAGGCCCUACUCGCAGACCGACCAGCCGCCCUACCAGGAGAUUGUCCAGGACCUGAGGGACGACGGCUCCAAGCUGACCGUCAACCACGACCAUAAGCUGCUCUCCUUCAAGAGGGUGCAGGACAAGCACACCAUCGUCGACCAGCAUGGCCGGAUGCAGCAGCUGGAGCUGUCGGCGCAGCUGCACGGGAUGUUCUUCCUGUCCGAGAUGCCCUCCAACAGCACCGACGGCUCCAUCCUCCAGCCCGAGCUAACCUGCUACCGCCGAAACCUCUUUCAGAUCAGUGGUUCUCUUAUCACCCCGCGAGGCCAGCUCUCUGUCAUUUCCGAGACGGGCGAGACGGUACCCGUCAACAACACGGAAGUAACCAUCUCCGCAAUCGAGUCGGUCGACGGCCACCCCGUCCGACUCAUCGUUAUCCCCUGGAAGACACCCCCGCCCAACUCGCCGGAAAUCACACAAAGCCCCGACCAGGAACCCGCGUCGCUCCCCUUAAUCCCUUUCCCAGACGAUGGCACGGAGGCUGAUGGAGAAUACGCUGUAUACCCUAUCGGCUGGCGCCGGUUGCAGUUUAGAAUCGCAACGGCAAAUAACGGGCGACGGAAGGAACUACAGCAACACUUUGUGCUUCACCUCAAGGUGGUUGGGACGUUGGCCAGCGGCAGCAAGAUCGUCCUCACCGAAGCAACGACGGCGCCUGUCGUGGUGCGUGGCCGCAGUCCUCGCAAUUUCCAGGCCAGAAAGGAAAUCCCCCUGCUGGGAUCCAGCGCCGGCUCCAGGGGCCAGGCGUUGGUAGAGACUGGACUGGGUAUCGUGGCUGGGCCGUUGGCCAUCAAGCCGCAGGAGGCCAAAGCCAGAGGACUGGACAUGCAGAUGCCCCGGUCCGCCUUCACAUUCAACGCCGGAGGCCCCAAGAUGCCAGGGGCGCCGAUGGGAGCCAUGAGAUCCAAUUCGUAUCCCAACUGGUCGUCCUCAAACCCUGUCUCUAUGUCGCAGCUACCGCCGGCCGGCUCGGGGAGCUACCCAGCGACCACAAUGGGAGCGGAGCCCUAUCACAAAGGUGCGCUUUCAGGCGGGGGGAGCUUCGGCGGAGAGGCCCAAGACUUGCCAUUGCAAACGUCGAUGCCACCGGUGCAGCUUUCGUUGGUGGCAAACGACCAGCAGCAACCACCCAUCAGGGCACAGUACGCCUACGUGCAAAGCACGACUGCUCCACCGCCAUUGUCGGUGUCGGCGACGGCGAUGGCACCAAACUCGGAUCACGCGCUCAAUGUGCCGAGAUACGUCGACAAUGCCCGGCCGACCAAGAGCCCGAGGCAUGCCAGCCAGCCAUCGAUUAGCUCCAUGUCCCACCACGAAUCCUCGCCCGAGUACCGAUACGGGUCCUCGUACGGUGCCGUUAGCAACAACUCCAGCGACAUUGCGCCGCCAUCGUACAAGACGGAGGCUCCCACAUCGCAGUCGGGUCCUGCUCGGGACUACUACCCGCCUUCGAGCUCGUGGACGACGACAGCGGGCGAGCCGGCAUCGACAGUGGCCUACAGCAACAGCGAGGGAAGGCCAUACGGUUUUGCCGACCAAUACCAAAGCGGGGGCUCUGCGCCAACGCCCAAGCAGGAACACGGCCCUGCCCCGCCAGGUCCCGGGUCGUACAGUAGCGCCCACCGAGGCUCUUUUGAUGGUAUGAACCAUUAUUCCUGGAAUGCCAAUUAG